AUGUCCGACAUUCAGCCGGCCGACGGCCACUUAAACGGCGGAAGAAACCUAAUUCCGAACUCCGGCGAACAAAUCGCAACGAAACGGUUGAGAAGGCCGAGUGUCCGAUUAGGCGACAUCGGCGUCGACCCACCUUACGAGUCUCAUGGCAGACGCAACACCAAGAGUUGGAAACCAAUUGGUUUCGAUCAUCCACGCAAGGAGAAAGAUUCCAACUCCUCAGGUAAACCUUCCAAGACUCGUCCUUUAACUAAUUUGACCUCGGUUGCCGAUUUCAAUGAAACCCUAGACGGUGAAGAAAGAGAAGAGAACGUUGAUAGUACCGUUGCAAUUGGUAGCUGGAAGGUUAAGGAAUCCAAGAAAAGAGGCCCCGUUGCCACCAAGAGAGCUAGAUCGAGUUGGGUUUCAAGAAUUGAUGAUGCCGGUGGUGGUGGCGGUGGCGGUGGUGGUAGUGGUAGCGGAACUGGUGUUGUUGAAUUAGAGGAAAAAUAUAGUGGUGCUGAAGAUGUGGAUGACGGGUAUAGAGAAUUCGACAUGGAGAAUUCGGAAAGCCCCGUGAAAGAACAAAGCCCUAUUCAUUCAAUGGAGAAUAUAGGGAUUGAUGGGCAUAGAAGGUCUUUUAAGAGUAGGGAUCAUAAUGAUGGAAUUGAUAUAUCUGGGCCAUCUGAAAAUGAUGUUAGGAAUGAGAAUGGUGGGAGGAUUAGGUCUGGCGAAGACGGGAUUAGGAUUUGGCUUAACGGAUUGGGAUUAGGUCGUUAUGCACCGGUGUUCGAAGUGCACGAGGUUGAUGAUGAGGUUUUGCCAAUGUUGACACUGGAGGAUCUUAAGGAUAUGGGGAUUAAUGCGGUCGGAUCCAGAAGAAAACUGUACUGCGCUAUUCAGAAGCUCGGUAGAGGCUUCUCGUGA